CCACUAGUGAUGGCUUGUUCAAUUGCAUCUGUUACAUGGGGACUGAUUGUUUAAGAAUUUGGCUUCCAUCAACAGAGGGGAUAGCCCAGUGGAGUCCUCUUCCACUCUCCUAUCUCUCCUAGGCUUGCAACGUCUCUCUCUCUUUCCCUCUAUCCCUCUCUCCCUUUCUCCCCAGAAAGGUAAACGAUUAAGAGGGUGUUUUUACUGAAGAAACAAGUAUCAGGUACCACACAGUGGCCACAGCAGCUUCUCUUAGGAUGUACAGCUUCAUGGGAGGGGGCCUGUUCUGUGCCAUGGUGGGGAACAUCCUGCUGGUGGUCUCCACAGCAACAGACUACUGGAUGCAGUACCGUCUGUCGGGCAGCUUCGCCCACCAGGGCCUGUGGAGGUACUGCAUGUCGGGAAAGUGUUACAUGCAGACGGACAGCAUCGCAUAUUGGAAUGCCACCCGGGCCUUUAUGAUCCUGUCAGGGAUGUCGUGCUUUGCGGGCAUCAUCGCAGGCAUCCUCUCCUUCGCCCACUUCUCCGCCUUCGAGAGGUUCAACCGUUCCUUUGCUGCAGGGAUCAUGUUUUUCGUCUCCACCUUAUUUGUUCUUCUGGCAAUGGCCAUCUACACGGGUGUGACAGUGAACUUUCUGGGCAAGCGUUUCGGUGACUGGCGUUUCUCUUGGUCCUACAUAUUGGGCUGGGUGGCACUGCUCAUGACCUUCUUUGCAGGGAUAUUUUACAUGUGCGCCUACAGAAUGCAUGAAUGUAGGAGAGGAGGCGGCCCUACACGCUAGAGAGAAAGACACAGCAAAUCGCACAAACUGUUUA